ACCUCUGUCUCUCCGCUUUGUUUUGAUUCUGUUUUCUACCGAAAUCUCAAAAAGAAAAUGCCGAGAGAAGAAGGGAGUAAAGGAACAGAGGAAGAAGGGGGUAGUUAUUAGUUAAUACUUAAUAGCACUGUUUACGUAAGCAGAGAGUAUUGUAUUUGUACGUACAAAUAUUAGCAUCGUAGUAUUUACUACAGUUACAGUAUACGCGAGAAAGAAGAGGUCGGAGUCGGAGAUUGAAGGAACCCGGGGUGGCCCACCGGUCACUGAUUAAUGACAAAUGUAUCACCCAAACAACUCAUUAGUUUGUGAUCACCCCAUGGAUUGUGUUGCCACUGCAAUGGAUCUUGUCAAUGGAGGUAACAGUCUAGCUUCCAAGCAGCGGCUACGCUGGACCAAUGAUCUCCACGAACGCUUCGUCGACGCGGUUGCUCAACUUGGUGGGCCAGAUCGUGCCACACCUAAAGGUGUCCUCAGAGUAAUGGGUGUGCAAGGGUUGACAAUUUACCAUGUCAAAAGUCAUUUACAGAAAUAUCGACUAGCAAAAUACCUACCUGACUCCUCAACUGAUGAGAAAAACACUGAGAAGAAAGAAACAGAGGAUGUACUUUCUAAUCUUGAUGGUUCAUCUGGGAUGCAAAUUACUGAAGCACUAAAGCUUCAAAUGGAGGUGCAGAAGCGACUGCAUGAGCAAUUAGAGGUGCAGAGACAACUACAACUAAGGAUAGAAGCGCAGGGUAAAUACUUGAAGAAGAUUAUUGAAGAGCAGCAGCGGCUCGGCGGUGUUCUUACAGAAGCACCUGACUGGGGGGCUACAGCUCUGGUUACAGGAGUUAUGGGCCAAGAAGAUAAUAAGACCCAUCAAGCAACCCCUGCCACAACCUCUGAGAGCCCCCUUCUGGAGGUAGCUGUGAAAGAACAAGCCCUGGCUAAGAGUCUUUCAAUUGAUGAAUCCUUUUCAUCUCAGCAUGAACCGUUGACACCUGAUUCUGGUUGCCAUGUUGGCAACCCCACUGGUGGCCCUGAAGAGGAGAGAUCAACAAAGAAACAGCGCUUGAACAUAGAUGGAUCAUAUUCUAGACCAGAAAUGCUGCUUCCGCAUCAAAUACUGGAGUCAAAUGUCUCAUCAAACAAGCAACCAAAUGUUGUUUCUACUCCCCAGGAGGAAUAUGAUCAUUCAAUGGGUAUAGCUGCCAAAAGUGUGACAAGGAAUUCCAGUAGGGUUGUAUGAGUAAUCUGUGAUUUAUUCUAGCAAGAAGCUUGUGCAUUAGGACUGAUUUCAUUUCAUUUAGUCGGGCAUAUCAUAUGCACUCUUGUAGAUUAUGGAACCUGUAGGCUGUAGCUCUUAGUUUUCAGUACACUCAGAUUUCGCUUUGGGUGUAGACCUAUUCAUGACGGCGACUCGAAGACGCUGAUCGGUUGUACGUGAUCUUAUCAGUCAAUGUAACUGCAGAGUGCAGAUGCUUAGGAACAGUGCAGUAGUAUGUGCUCUGAUGCACCAUAUAUUAGAAAUUCGAUAUUCAUACUAUAA